CUGUCUGACAGAAAGCGCGUUUUGGUUGAUAGGUUGAGCGCUGAAAAUUGUGAUGUAAAACGAGAAAAAUAAAUGUUUACUGGCCAACAUGGCGAAUCCAAGGAAAUUUAGUGAAAAAAUCGCUCUCCACAACCAAAAGCAGGCUGAGGAAACGGCCGCUUUUGAGAAAAUUAUGCGCGAAGUUUCCGUCGCAACCAAUAAGCCGGAGGAGUCGCCACAGUACGGGCUCGGUGGCGGGACGUCGCCGUCUCGCGCGCCGGUGCAACGCGGGCGCACGUCGUCGUCUGUCGGGCCCAUGCGCCGCCCGGCGGACCGCAAGCAUGAUACCAGUCCGUACGGCAGCACUGUUUAUUUGAGUCCACCGUCUGAUAGCAACUGGCGGCGGACGAAUUCGGACUCGGCACUGCACCAGUCGUGCGCAGGGGAGCAGCAGACCGUGACGCAGCCGCUGUCGCCCCACCACCCGCUCCAUUCGCAUGCCCAUCCACAUUUGCACCCGCACCAGAACCACCGGAGAACCGCUGACAUCCACUUAGAUGUGUUGGCAACACUGGGCAUGAGCCCCAACAACCGUCCGAGGUCCUCCUGCGAAAUACCCAGGAUACCAAACAAUAAUAAUGUAUACGAGAGCGGGGGGGAUGGCGGGGGCGGCGGCGGCGGGCUAGGGGCGGGCCAGGGGCUGAUGUGCGGCGACCAGAAGAUGCCGUGCGGCUCGCUGCCCAACCUCACGUCGGUCCACUUCCCUCCGCCGCACCACCUGCCGCACCGGACCUCGCCCGCUCACUUCCCUCCGCCGCACCAACUGCCGCACCGGACCUCGCCCGACUACAACCAGCCGAGAUAUAGCCCCACAUCACCCGGCGCGGUGUCGCCCGGCGGCGGCAGCGUGUCCCCGGCGACCGGCGGGCUGUCGCCGGCGUCGGGCUCGCCGGUCGGCGCAACGGUCCCGCUCGCUAACACGCUACACCACCCGUACGACCACGGCACGUCGUUGUACGACACACAGAAUCACUUAUCUGUACCAAACACAAAUAAUUAUCUUCAUCAUAAUAAGAAUAUGUCUCCAUUGGACCAAGGGUGGAUAACGUCAGGGUACCAAUCACAUUGUAGUCCGCCCUCGCAAUAUUCAUCGACAUCGAAUAUAAACAUACCCUCACCGACGAUGGUGCACAGUCCGGGAAGCCCCGCGGAGUCUCCGUCGGCGGCCGACUACAACCUGCACCAAGUUCUGCUACAGCCCUUCGAACAAAUCACAAUGAUGGAUCAGCCAGUUUCGAGUUACAACACAUCGUACAUGAACCACAGUUCACCGCAUUCGCCACAGACUACGAGUACGCCGCACACAUAUUCCCAGUGUAAUUAUUUGAUGUCGUCCGUCGAUCGUUUCCGAUCCGCGGCGCGUGCAGGCGGGGCGUGCGGGUCGCCGCGGCGGCCGGCGGCGCUGGGCUGCCGGCAGCGGGCGCUGGUGGGCGCGCUGGUGCGGCGGCUGCCGGCGGCGCCGCGCCUGGUGCGCUGCCUGCGCCCCGAGCCGCAGCUGCGCCCGCACCGCCUGGACCUGGCGCUGCUGCGCCACCAGAUCCGCUCGCAGGGGAUCGUGGAGAUGGCGCUGCUGCGGCGCAACGGCUGGUGCGAGUCGAUGUGCGCGCGCGCGCUGCUGGCGCGCUACGGGCUGCUGGCCGCCGCGCACUACUCGGGCGAGCUAGACGCGGGCAUAUUCGGCGGCGAAGAGGCGCAACUCCGCGAAGGACUCGACCUCGACGACCUGACGCUUCUCGAGGAGCCCAGCGCGCUGCUGCCCGACUCGGCGGUGGAGCACGAGUUCCGCCUCGACCGAUUGUAGUACCGCGCGGCGCCCGCCGCCGGCGUGACCGCUUGACGCUUGGACGACAUCGUGGACCGCCUGUAACGCACGCCGAUAAACUGAGGCUGCGCAAUCGUAGACACUUGUCUUGUGUUCGUAUCAGCCCGUUGUCCUAGGUGAACGACACGCGCGUAUACAGGGUGGAAUUUUGUAAUGCCACCUGGAGGGAAAGUACUCUUAAUACUGUAAAUAGAAAAUUUUA